UCAACUUUCCCUCUGAAAACAGUGCAUUCCUGUGGCAGUAUGGCCAUGAAGUUUCUGUUGACCUUUGUGACCCUGGCCUUGGCAGCUGAGACAGUGGACUCCACUUUGGAGGCUCUUGAGGCGGAUGAUUCAUGUGCAGCCGGGGGAGACUGCAGCCUGGAACUGAACCAGCUUCGUGGCAUGAAGGACGUGAACUACCAUGAUGCUUUGAUGGAAGAGGACGAAGAUGAGGAAGCCAAUGUGGAAGGUGGCGCAUGCACCAACAGCAAGGACCUGAACUUCUGGAAGAAAAGCGGAAGGAAGAGCUUCGACCCUUCACUGAACCAGUGCGGCCGUUCCUGCGCUGCAGGCUUCGCUUGCACCAAGAGCUGCAUGCAGGGAAAGGGUUACUCCGAUGGUUGUGCUAGCUGCAUGGCCAAAUUGGUGGAGUGCUCCCGCGACAAGUGCAUGAACCAAUGCAUCAGCAACGACAAGAGCGCUGCCUGCACUGGUUGUGUGAAGAGAGGCUGCCGUCCAGGCAUGAAGGCUUGCAGUGGCCUGAAUGCUGGCGGCCACUGAGGGCACAGUGAACGCCACAGGCUGUCCAUGGCCCAUAUGUGGUCAUGAGAAUACCAGGACUCCGCUCGGCCACAUGCAACCGUUUCAAACA